AUGGACCAGAACGAUCCAGAUCAGAACGAUCCAGACCAGAACGACCGAGACCAGAACAGUCCAGACCAGAACGGUCCAGACCAGAACGACACAGACCAGAAUGAUCCAGAUCAGAACGACCCAGACCAGAACGGUCCAGACCAGAACGACCCAGACCAGAACCAUCCAGACCAGAACGACACAGACCAGAACGACCCAGACCAGAACGGUCCAGACGAGAACAGUCCAGACCAGAACGACACAGACCAGAAUGAUCCAGAUCAGAAUGACCCAGACCAGAACGGUCCAGACCAGAACGACCUAGACCAGAACCAUCCAGACCAGAACGACACAGACCAGAACGAUCCAGAUCAGAACGACCCAGACCACAACGACACAGACCAGAAUGAUCCAGAUCAGAACGACCCAGACCAGAACGGUCCAGACCAGAACGACCCAGACCAGAACCAUCCAGACCAGAACGACACAGACCAGAACGGUCCAGACCAGAACGGUCCAGACCAGAACGACACAGACCAGAAUGAUCCAGAUCAGAACGGUCCAGACCAGAACGGUCCAGACCAGAACGACCCAGACCAGAACAGUCCAGACCAGAACGGUCCAGACCAGAACGACACAGACCAGAAUGAUCCAGAUCAGAACGACCCAGACCAGAACGGUCCAGACCAGAAAGACCCAGACCAGAACCAUCCAGACCAGAACGACACAGACCAGAACGACCCAGACCAGAACGGUCCAGACGAGAACAGUCCAGACCAGAACGACACAGACCAGAAUGAUCCAGAUCAGAAUGACCCAGACCAGAACGGUCCAGACCAGAACGACCUAGACCAGAACCAUCCAGACCAGAACGACACAGACCAGAACGAUCCAGAUCAGAACGACCCAGACCACAACGACACAGACCAGAAUGAUCCAGAUCAGAACGACCCAGACCAGAACGGUCCAGACCAGAACGACCCAGACCAGAACCAUCCAGACCAGAACGACACAGACCAGAACGACCCAGACCAGAACGGUCCAGACCAGAACGGUCCAGACCAGAACGACACAGACCAGAAUGAUCCAGAUCAGAACGGUCCAGACCAGAACGGUCCAGACCAGAACGACCCAGACCAGAACCAUCCACACCAGGACGACACAGACCAGAACGAUCCAGAUCAGAACGAUCCAAAUCAGAACAACCCAGACCAGAACGGUCCAGACCAGAACGGUCCAGACCACAACGACCCAGACCACAACGACACAGACCAGAACGACCCAAACCAGAAUGAUCCAGACCAGAAUGAUCCAGAUCAGAACGACCCAGACCAGAACGACACAGGCCAGAAUGAUCCAGAUCAGAACGACCCAGACCAGAACGGUCCAGACCAGAACGACCCAGACCAGAACCAUCCAGAUCAGAACGACCCAGACCAGAACCAUCCAGAUCAGAACGACCCAGACCAGAACGACACAGGCCAGAACGAUCCAGAUCAGAACGACCCAGACCAGAACGGUCCAGAGCAGAACGACCCAGACCAGAACGACCCAGACCAGAACCAUCCAGAUCAGAACGACCCAGACCAGAACGGUCCAGACCAGAACGACCCAGACCAGAACAACUCAGACCAGAACGACCCAGACCAGAACGACCCAGACCAGAACGACCAGAACGACCCAGACCAGUACGACCCAGACCAGAACGACCCAGACCAGAACGGUCCAGACCAGAACGACUCAGACCAGAACGACCCAGACCAGAACGACUCAGACCAGAACGACCCAGACCAGAACGGUCCAGAGCAGAACGACCCAGACCAGAACGGUCCAGAGCAGAACGACCCAGACCAGAACGACCCAGACCAGAACGGUCCAGACCAGAACGACUCAGACCAGAACGACCCAGACCAGAACGACUCAGACCAGAACGACCCAGACCAGAACGGUCCAGACCAGAACGACCCAGACCAGAACGGUCCAGACCAGAACGACCCAGACCAGAACGACACAGACCAGAACAACUCAGACCAGAACGACCCAGACCAGAACGGUCCAGACCAGAACGACCCAGACCAGAACGACACAGACCAGAAUGACCCAAACCAGAACCAUCCAGAUCAGAACGACCCAGACCAGAACGGUCCAGACCAGAACGACACAGACCAGAAUGAUCCAGAUCAGAACGACCCAGACCAAAACGGUCCAGACCAGAACGACCCAGACCAGAACCAUCCAGACCAGAACGACACAGACCAGAACGAUCCAGAUCAGAACGAUCCAAAUCAGAACAACCCAGACCAGAACAACCCAGACCAGAACGACCCAGACCAGAACAACACAGACCAGAACGACCCAAAUCAGAAUGAUCCAGAACAGAACGACCCAGACCAGAAUGACACAGGCCAGAAUGAUCCAGAUCAGAACGACCCAGACCAGAACGACACAGGCCAGAAUGAUCCAGAUCAGAACGACCCAGACCAGAACGACCCAGACCAGAACCAUCCAGAUCAGAACGACCCAGACCAGAACCAUCCAGAUCAGAACGACCCAGACCAGAACGACACAGGCCAGAAUGAUCCAGAUCAGAACGACCCAGAUCAGAACGACCCAGACCAGAACGGUCCAGACCAGAACAACCCAGACCAGAACCAUCCAGAUCAGAACGACCCAGACCAGAACCAUCCAGAUCAGAACGACCCAGACCAGAACGACACAGACCAGAAUGAUCCAGAUCAGAACGGUCCAGAGCAGAACGAUCCAGAUCAGAACGACCCAGACCAGAACGACCCAAACCAGAAUGAUCCAGAUCAGAACGACCUAGAUCAGAACGACCCAGACCAGACCGACCCAGACCGGAACGGUCCAGACCAGAAUGACACAGGCCAGAAUGAUCCAGACCAGAACGACCCAGACCAGAACGACCCAGACCAGAACGGUCCAGACCAGAACGACUCAGACCAGAACGGUCCAGACCAGAACGACUCAGACCAGAACGACCCAGACCAGAACGACUCAGACCAGAACGACCCAGACCAGAACGACCCAGACCAGAACCAUCCAGACCAGAACGACACAGACCAGAACAACUCAGACCAGAACGACCCAGACCAGAACGACCCAGACCAGAACGGUCCAGACCAGACUAGACCAUGGACUAGUUCAGUUGUUGCAUGUUGUUUCUACAACAUGGUGCAUUCAAGUGCAGCCUGUAAAGUCGGGAAUCUGUAA